AUGGCUUCCCAAUCUGAUAAACAGCCAACCCCAUCCGACCAAACCAAUCCCAAUGCUUGGGAGCGGGUGGAGCGGAAAUUCACCAGCAAACCGGCAAGCGAAUACUUUGACCCAUGUCAAGAUUUCGCAGAUCGAAGCCUCAAGUGCAUGAAGCGCAAUGGCUUCGAUAAGGAGAUGUGCUCGGAUUAUUUCCAGGCUUACCGGGAUUGUAAAAAGGAAUGGGUGAGUACGGACCAUUAG